AUGGUUAAAUUAAUCUUAGUUAGACACGGACAAUCCACAUGGAACGAAAAGAACUUAUUCACCGGUUGGGUUGAUUGUCGUUUGUCCGACAUUGGUGAAAAGGAAGCUGCCAGAGCUGGUGAAUUAUUAAAGGAAGCCAACUUAAAGGGUGACGUUUUAUACACCUCCAAGUUAUCUAGAGCUAUUCAAACUGCCAACAUUGCUUUGAACACUGCUGAUCAAUUGUACAUUCCAGUCAAGAGAUCGUGGAGAUUAAACGAAAGACACUACGGUGCUUUACAAGGUAAGGAUAAGGCUGCCACCUUAGAAGAAUACGGUCAAGAAAAGUUCCAAACUUGGAGAAGAUCAUUUGACGUUCCACCACCAGUCAUCGCCGAUGACUCUGAGUUCUCCCAAGCUGGUGACGAACGUUACAGAGACGUCGACCCAUCUGUAUUACCAAAGACCGAAUCUUUGAAAUUGGUUAUCGACAGAUUGUUGCCAUACUGGCAAGACGAAAUCUCUAAGGACUUAUUGGAAGGUAAGACUGUCAUUGUCGCUGCCCACGGUAACUCCUUAAGAGCAUUGGUUAAGCACUUGGACAACAUCUCUGAUGACGAUAUUGCCGGCUUAAACAUUCCAACCGGUAUUCCAUUAGUUUAUGAAUUAGACGAAAAAUUACAACCAACCAAGCCAGCUUACUACUUAGACCCAGAAGCUGCUGCUGCUGGUGCCGCUGCUGUUGCUGCCCAAGGUUCAAAGAAAUAA